AUGAGUAUGAGUGCAACAGAUGGAAUAUGUGAUAAUGCUAGAGCGUACCCCGCAGGCGCAGCACCCGGCGGCUGUGGGAAGUGGACGAGGGUUGCUGCACCGGGGACGGGGGCAGCGAGUAAAAUACUUUCGGCUAAGGACUGCAAAGUUGUACCAAGUGAGAGCUUAGUUUCCCAGCAUAGGUUACUGAUUCUGGAGUUGAAGCAUAAAGUAGCACGUAAGCAUAAUAACCUAAAGCCCCCACCUAAAACGAAGUGGUACAAAUUGAGUGACAGGGAGUUGGCUGAUGAAUUUAAGAAAAGAAUGGUCGAUAAGAUGAUAAAAAUGAAUGAUAUGACAGAGAUGAAUGAAUGCUGGAAUGAAAUGGCUGUAAGUUUAAGAAGUGUGGCGAAGAAUGUACUUGGUGAAAUAAGGGGGAAAGGAAAGAUUGAUAAAGAUACAUGGUGGUGGAAUGAUGAUGUGCAAAUGAUUUUGAAAGAAAAGAAGAAUGCUUUUAAAGAAUGGAAAAGUGUGGAAGAGGGUAAUGAUAGAGAAAAGGAAAACAAGAGGUCAGCUUAUCUAAUAAGUAAAAAGAAGGCCAAGAAAGCAGUUGCAAUCGCGAGGGCCAAGGUCCAAGAUAAGCUCUACAACCAUUUGGAAAGCCCACAAGGCCAAAAAGACCUUUAUAGAAUAGCAAGAGAGCGGGAGAGGAAUGCAAGAGAUAUCAAUCACAUAAAAUAUAUGAAAGAUGAAGAAGGAAAGAUUUUGACGGAUGAGAAGAGCAUAAGAUAA